ACAUUUCAAUCGUCCUGUUUGUGUAGGGCUCAUCAUAUCUUCUUCUUCUUUCUUCAAUAAAAAUCUCUGUUCCCGCCAUGGAAGCUUUGCAAUUUACAUGUCUAAACUUAUCGGGAGUCCAUGGAAGUAGCCGUCUUUUCGCCGCUGAAUUCCGGCCGAUAGCUCCUGCGAAGCAAUCAAUCUCUGUAAAAUUGCGACAGCUUGUUGCUGGGGUUUCAAGGGCGUCUUCUUAUUAUCCUCGAAUGGCUGUCGGCUCGAAUGCUGCUGGUGCAGAUACUGAUGAUGAAAUGAUGGAUGAUUUACUGAAGAAAUAUGGAGAAGUGGUCUUCAAAAGAAAUGAUCAGAAACAACAACAGACAGACACUGAGAUUGAUGAUGAUGCUGAGAGUUUAUCCUUUGCUGUAGCUGCUGCUAAAUGUGCAUCUGAGGUUAAGGCUGCAGAUAUCAGGGUCUUGUUUGUCAAACCACUAGUGUACUGGACUCGUUUUUUCAUUAUCGCCACUGCUUAUUCUCGCCCUCAGAUCGACGCAAUUGGGUCAAGAAUUAGAGAUUUAGCUGAGAAAGAGUACGGAAGAGUCGCAACUGGGGAUGUAAAGCCAAAUUCCUGGACCUUAUUAGAUUAUGGUGAUGUUGUUGUUCAUGUUUUUCUUCCUCAACAACGUAGUUACUACAACUUGGAGGACUUCUACGGAAACGCUACCUCAGUCGAGCUGCCUUUUGAACAGCAGCCGCCUCGGAACUGAAAAGAAUCCAAUUUAUUGUAACCUUGAUGACCUAAUUCUUUAUUUAACAUGAAAUAGUUGUGAUUUUGAUAAUUAGAUGGUAAUUUUCUGUA